AUGACGGAGGAGGUGGGCCACAACGCCCGCAACCACAGCCGUCUCACUAGCUUUACGAAGUCGAUCCUUAACGCUAUCGAGGGCAAUAGCGACGUUAACCAGGCGGCGGCGGGCGCCUCCGCGUCGGGCUACGCGAAGGGGCCAGGCGACCGCCCAGGCGGCUUUGGCAAGCUCAACUUCGGCACACAGCGACUGUUGUUUCUGGGCGCCCACGACACCCACAAUAUCACGGCUGUGGCGAAUAAGGCGUUGGUGACGGCCCUGGUCGCGCCGGAGGAGACGGCACGCGUCGGCGAGACGGUGUAA